CGACCCGGAGAAAUGUGGGGAAGUACCACUAUCCACCAGAGUGUGAAAAAUGAUUAUUUGAAAGAAAUUAUUACAGAAAAGCAUUGUGUUCAGUCCAGUACUCCAUUGUCACAUAUUCAACUUGCUUGCUGCUGGAAAUAUUGUGCUUUCCCUUGUGAUAAACAAGUGUGUGUUUGGAAUAUCCACAAUCCUAUCCUGCAGACGUUGGAGUUAAAAGGCCACCAUCAAUCAAUUACUGCACUGGCAUUUGGAAACCACAAUGAACCAACACUUCUGUGUUCUGCAGCCGAAGAUUAUGUCAUUACCUGGGAUGUGGAAGCAUGUCGAAUGAGUCUCCAACAAGGCUUGAACCCUAGAGGAAAUGUUGUAGGAACCCUGCUGGGAAAAGUUUUAUAUUUAUGCUUUAGUCCAGAUGACCAAACCCUGGUAACCUGCGCAGACAACAAAAUCUAUGUAUUGAACUGCAAGCAGGAAGAUAUUUUGGCAGUCUUAGAAGGUCAUCUUGGUGUGGUAACUGCUGCAGAAUUUUGCCCUUGGCAAUCGAACAUACUUGUAUCGAUCUCUGAAGACAGGACUUUUAAGGUUUGGGAUCUCACCAGGAAUGUGUUACUCUAUCAGUCACCAGUUUUAUCAGGCUCCCCUCUAUUAAGCUUGUGCAUGGACAACAGAGUUAAUCAGUUUAUUACUGGCUCUGCUAAUGGACAGCUAGAUGUUUUCACUUUGUUACACGGGCAACAGUGUCGUCGUGUGCUGCACAUUGACUUAGUGAAAGAACAGCAGAAAUAUUACUGCAAGAUCCAACAGAAAUUGUUUGCUUUCUGUUACAGUUUUACACCCGAAAGCUCCAGCAGCCUAUGGGUAGGGACUAUAAAUGGUUUAUUCAAUAUUAAUUUGGCCACUGGAGAAAUUGAUGCUGCUGUCCAUUUUGAAGAUCAUCUAGGCUUAAGCAUUCAGACAGCUGGCUCAUAUGCAAUAGGAAGCAGAAACACUAACAAGGUUUUCUGUCUCCUCGCUUCCAUGUUUGGAAAACAUAUUGCUUUACUGGAAGUUCAUAUGCUUGAACUUGCAAAAAUGUGUCUGCAAUAUAGCAACAAGGAGGAACCACUUAGUAUCAUUGCCAGAUCAUCUUUGCUGCCCACUUCCCCUUUAAACUAUGAACUGAAACAGAAGAAGAAAAGUAAGCCAGCUGAACACUCACAAGCAGCUGCCAACAGUAUAAAAGACAAGCCCGUUGUGUUUCAUACCAAAGUGAAGUCUUCUGGCUACACCGCAGCACCAAGGUUGAACAUGUACACACCAAAAGUAAAUCCCCCAAAAUCUGUCAGCUCAGUGAUGAAGGAGAAAACUAACAGUUUGAAGGGAGUUAGCAAAGAAUACCCACUGAACAGUCUGGCACCAAGCAGACUUCAUACAAGAGUUGCUGUUUCAAACCAACCGACACCUAUAUGCUGCAUUCAAUAUUCAGGCGAUGGGAAGCUGCUUGCUGUUGGAUUGGCUGACAAAUCCAUGCUUGUUUAUAAUUCAUCCCUUAUUGGAACCCCGACUGUGUUUAAAGGUCAUGAUGGAGCAGUGAAUUGUGUUGGUUGGACUCAGAAUGAUAAAUGGCUCUUGACAGCAUCAGAAGACAGGUCAUUGUGGAUCUGGCCAGUUAAUGGCUCAGCACCUGUACUGCAGCUGGGGACUGAGACAUUUUCAAAGCCUGCACGAUCAGCUCAGUUCUAUUAUAUGGACAAAUUUCUGUUGUUCUCGUCAGGAUCAGAAUUUCAGCUGCAUGGAUUCCAUUUGGAUACAAGCAGGGAUGACAUUAAAAGUUACAAAAGGAAGAGCAAAAGCAAAUUGGCUGGCAAAUUCAAGAUGUCUGACACCCAGGAGAUUAGUUGCCUGUCUGCAGUGAAUGACUUUUAUUCCUAUAUUGUGCUGGUGGCUGGCACAAACCGUGCUUUGGAGGUGUUUGAUCUGAACGUUGGUCAAAGUGUCGUAACUGUGCCAGAUGCUCACACUAGACCUGUGCACCAGAUUUGUCAGAAUAAUGGUUCAGUAUUUUGUACCCAAGCUUCUGAAUCCUAUAAUCUCUUUCUGACAACUGCGAUAACUGAUGGGAUCAAACUGUGGGAUUUACGGACACUAAGGUCUGUGCGUCGAUAUGAAGGACAUCACAAUCGCUGCCAUCCAUGCAAGAUUGCCCUGAGUCCCUGUGGGAGAUUCUUGGUCACAGGAUCUGAGGACAAGUGUGCCUAUCUGUUUGAACUUGGCUCCAAUAAUUUUGUCCACAAGUUAUCGGGGCAUACAGAGACUGUCAUUACUUUGGCAUAUAGUUCUUCUGCACCAAAGCUCAUCACAGCCACUUUGGACGGCAAACUCCAACUGUUUGUACCAUAGCGGGCCGAGGAUCCUGAAGGCACAGUCCUACAUCAUAACCUGAAUAUAACAGGAAGAAAUCCUAUCAGAAACCAAACAAUAAGUAUCUCAAAUUGUGAAGCAGGUUGGAGGUCAGAGAUUCAUGAUGAAGCAAGUGACACAUUUGGUAUUUUUUCAAUGACUCUGGGAUAAAGGGCUUGCGGGAAACAGAUUGGCAAAAGUCUGGGAGAUGAAUGGAUAUUAUUCAGCGAAGAUGAUGAAAGUAACUCUGAGCCAAAACAGUUGUGUCAUAAGCUUCGACUCUGCGUCAGACCAUUAAGGAGAAGAGUGUGUGGUUCGAAUUGUUUGUGUUUUAGUGGCUGAAAAUGAAGAGCUUAUCUGUGACUUUAUCGUUUAAAAGGAAACUGUAAAUCCACUAGGCAAUUUUUCAUACUGUCUUUGCUGAUCUAAACAGCUCACUGUUUUGGAAGAACUCUAUUAACUUAAUGAUGACUUAUAA